GCUUCGAGUUCAAUAUGGAUAAUCGUCUUGUUCCAGUCUAUGUGUAGUGCCUACGUCGUUCAUCCCACUUGUCUAAAAACAUGGCACUCCGACAAUCUCUAAGCGUCGUUUUCGGUUACGCGAUCCUCGCCGCUGCACUUCCAGUAGGCGGUAAUGGGUCGGCUACUAAGUGCAGAGAUAUCCGAAUUCCUGUCACUGUCGAGGUGCCGCGUUUUCUCAUCAGCACCAGGAUUCAGGAUGACUGGGACGCCGUGGCCCUCAGCUUCAACCUCACGCAGCGGAAUAGUCCGUCCGCCAUCACCGGCACCACGGCCCCCGUGAAGAGCAUAUACGACGUGGGAGCUACAUUCUGCGGAAACGGCUCGACAACGCUUAUACUCACACACGGAAUUUUGGAAUCCAAAUCGUACUGGCAACCUGAUUUCCCAGAGGCGGAGAAAUACGACUUUGUCAGUGCCGCCGUCAAUGCUGGCUACUCGGUCCUAAGCUACGACCGUAUCGGUGUAGGCUCGUCCUCAAAGAUCGACUCGCUGAUGGACGCCCAAUUCCAGGUCCACACAGCAGUGCUGAACGCGUUGAUCGAGCGUGAGCGCAGUCAGAGACCCGAAAACAAGAUCGCAUUGGUCGGCCACAGCUACGGCGCGUACCUCUCCGCGGCGACUGCCGCGCUCUCUGACCAGAUCGACGGCGUGGUUCUGAUGGGCUUCGGGGGUAGCUUCAAGUACUUUGGGCCAUUCGUCGCAGGCUCAGGACUGCGCAUCGCCAAGUUCCGCGACGAGGAGCGGUGGGGCACCCUGGACGCCGGGUGGUUGACGACGGUGGACAAGUAUGCCGACACGUACAUCUACUUUGGACUGCCGGGUGACUUUGAGCACCGCGCGGCCGAGUGGACGCACGCGCGGGCAAGCGAGCCUUUCGGGAUCGGGGAGAUUCCCUCGCUAACCUCGACCGCCAUCGAAUUUGGCGAUAUCGAAACGCCUGUGCUGCUGCUGCAGGGCCGAUACGACCUCUCGGCCUGCGGCGGAGACUGUGUCGGAGAGCUCGAGGCCUGGAAGGGAAAUUUGACUGGGUCGCCCGCUGUGGAGGUGGUCGAAGAUCUAUCUGCCGGUCAUAACAUCAAUCUGCACCUCGUUGCGCCUAAGGCGUUCAGCAUUAUGUUUGACUUCCUGAAACGAAACGGGCUAUGAGAAGAGUUGAAGGGAGGGAUGGAUACUCAAUAGUGAUUUAAAUGGGUCUCUGUUUGAUCGUUGUGCAAUACCUCCUAGGAAGGAACAUGGCGAGUAGAGGCGGACCCUUGGGGCCCUCCGCAUAUAAAAUCGCCAUGGGGUAGUAGUAGUAGUAGUGAUAGGUUGGGGCAAAAAUACCAAAACAUACAACACCGAGGAUUCCCCAGUGGUCACCCACCUGAGUACUAGUUCGGCCCUCACUGGUUUGACUAGGGGAGAGCGGACGGGAUCCCGUAUAUUCCAGUGGGUAUGGUCGUAUG